AUGGAGGAGUGUGAGGACAAGAUUUCAAUUUUGACCUUCACCCUGGUAGUCUGCCAGGUGAUAUCCGCUGCAUCGCCUGAAGACCAAAUGCAGACGAUCAUCUGCCCCACAAAGCUAUCCAGAACAUACAAAGGAUUAUUUGCAAACUGUAGGGGUCUUCAUUUGACGAAGAUUCCUGUACUAGAAGGUAACAUAACAGCGCUAGAUCUCGGUGAAAACCAAAUAGAUCUAAAUGGAAGUGAAUUUAAAAGGUAUCCGUAUCUGGUGUACUUGAAUCUUGAACAUAAUGGUCUGAACAGACUUCCACACGACAUAUUCUCUGGAUGUGGAAAGCUUCAGUUCUUGAAUUUUCAAAACAACAACCUACGUUACAGUCUCGACUCUUUUCCUGAAAAUGUAUUUGACCCUCUGCAGAAACUAGAAAUAUUGAAUAUCGGUAACAAUAAAGUCAGUUCAACAUUUCCUGACAGGAUAAUUAAGCCAUUGAGAAGUCUUAAAAAUCUGACAAUGGAUACUAUGGAUAAUUUCACAUUUGGCGAAGGGUUUGGAAAUCUUCACCAUCUUGAAGUUCUGUGUUUGUCAGGAAAGGAAGCAGAUUGUGGAAUUGUAGAACUCUACAAUCAUACAUUCUCGGUGUUCAAUGCAUCGAGACUGAAACACCUUACGACAAUGAAAAUGGCAUAUGUCGAUGUUAUGACGCUUUCAGAAACAUGUUUCAAUACGUUUCCAAGACUGGAAGAUUUAACUUUGAAACAUACAACUUACAUUUCAACACCCAACGAUACAUACUGUAUGACCGAACAUGGAUCCAAGGUUCUUUUUAAGAAUAUUGAUGGAGACGCAUUAUGGCACGAGUGUACAGGAAAACCAGCGUUUUACAUCGUGUCGUCCAUGUUUGCAUUGCUCAUCUCUGCAGCUCUGUGCUCCUUUCUUGUAGUGAAGCAUAAGACUCAGAUUGUUGUGUUUUUCCACAGACUGUUUCGCGGGGUCUCUGGCCUCCCAAGAAGAGAAGACUUCAGGUAUGAUGUUUUUAUUGGAUACGCUGAUAACGACUGUGACUUUGCAUACAUGCAACUGAGAGAGAUCCUGGAGGAAAGGUUUCAUUAUCGAGUUUAUCUCCACGAUCGCGACAGUGAGUUGGGUGGCUCGAGAGCCAUCUCCAUUCUUGAUGGAGUCAAAAACAGCUGGAAGAUGGUCUUGGUUUUGUCACAGAACUUCGUCACUAACGACUGGUCUAUAUACACGAUGCAUGCCGUAGCUCUGUACGCUGCCUCCGGCCGCAUACCCAAGAGGCUGGUCAUUCUCCUGGACCGAGCGAAUCCGUGCGAGGUUCCAGACACCCUCCUGUGCAUUGCAGAUGAAGACACGAUCCUGCCAAUCUCACGUCCUAAUGAUGACGAUUCGUGGGACCAUUUAAGGCGUCUUCUGAAGUGACUUGCACGACACACUCAUCACAUGUAUAAAUUUUCAUCACGUGUCUAAUAUAAGCCUAACAUACAUGGCGAUCAGGAGUCUCUCAUUAGGGCAACAUGUGUGGCUAACACUCAUACAUACAGCGUAUCAAUCGACAUCUACACU